AUGGUAAUUCGGAUUGGCAGAACAGGAUUGGAGGCACCUGACGAUGACGAUGCUGUGAAUGAGGAGUUGUUAAAGCGUGUCAAGGAAAAUUUUGGGAGGAACGGACCAAAGGUGGAUAAGAAAUUGGCAGUAGAACAAGUUCCUUCAUUUGGUCCCUCAGCUGCAAGAUCUCAUGCAAGGUCAUUUGGCAAUGCCCCCAGGGCCACGAGCAGCAGCACUGCUGUUGGAACUGGACCUCAAGAUGGUGGCGGCGAAUCAUCUGCCCCAAGAGUGGAGAAAGAAUAUGUUGACCACUGGCGUUACUACAGUUACUAUCCUUCACUCCUUCCUCUGAGGAGGCCAUACUCAGGAGAUCCAGAAAUUCUUGAUGAACAAGAGUUUGGGGAAGCUUCGGCAAAUGCUGAUCAUGACGAGAGUCGUAUAAAUCCAGCUGAAGAGCUCGGCCUGAUGGAGGAAAAAAAUGGAGAAAUGCUCUUGUUUCAGCUACCGGCUUCUCUUCCUUUGGUCAAGCGGUCGGCUUCUGCAAAGGAUAAAGAGACAGCUGAUGGCUCAGAGCCAUCCACGAAAGAGAAAACUGAUGGAUUGGAGCCAUCCACAAAAGAGGCAGCCGAUGGCUCGAAGCCAUCUAGGAGAAGGGGCAUUCCAGAGAAGGGCUGCAGAUUGGAAGAGCUGCCGGCUGGCUUCAUGGGGAAAAUGCUUGUGUACAAGAGUGGCGCUGUCAAAAUGAAGCUCGGAGAUACCCUUUUCGAUGUUUCACCAGGCUCAAAUUGUGUGUUUGCGCAAGAUGUCGCUGCGAUCAACCCCGUAGACAAGCAUUGCUGCAUCUUGGGGGAGCUCAACAAGCGGGCCAUAGUAACACCGGAUGUAGACUCCCUCUUAGAUGGUAUAUCGAAUUUGGAGUAAUUUUGUUUAGAUCUUCAACAGGAUAUGAUUCAAUUGAGAGAGAGAGAGAGAGAGAGGGAGGAAACGUAGAUCACAUGUACCAUAAAGAAUACAUUGCCAUUCAUAUAUCAAUUUAACCAUAUGUUUGGUUUA